UUGCAGCAUUGGUGAUUCACAGGAAAAGUCUGGUGCAUAUUGUAAGGGAGGUUGCAGCGCCUCUCUGUGCUUAUCUCUGCAUUGUAGUCUACUGUACGUGCUGCUUUACUUGGAGAAGGGGGUUAUUUAAGAAGGUGGGCUCCUAAUGGAAAGUGAAGCUGACCCCUGCAAGAGGCAGCCAUCACCCAAGGGAAAUACACCUCAGUCUUGGAUGUCUAAUGCGAUCCACAGUUUCUUCAGCUCAUAUGUUUUAUCCCUUUUAGGUAUAUUUUCUCCCACAACGCAUCUUAUUUUUAAGAAGUAAUAGAAUGGAUGGUGACUUUUUAUUUUGUGAGCAUCUCUCUGAAACCAUCAUGGCACGAUCUCUGUGUACACUGGAUUGCUACGAGGGAAAAGAAUAACAUGUGGCUAUGGGAUUAACUACUAAAGUUUUAUUGUGCUGUGAAUAUUAAGGGAGUUUGGAGAAGAGCUAACCCUGGAGCUCCGGAUGAGUGCUUCCAUUGCACAGGCUGUGUGCCUGGGGUAGAGGACUGAUCGCCUUCUGCUGAUAAGGGAUUGCAUCCAUACAGUAUAUUGAUAUCUCUGGAUUGGUGGUCUUAUUUCCUUCCAGAAAGGGGUCUGUGCCUGUGUUAUUCACAAUUGUUUGCUGCUUGAUACUAUGCAACAAACAGAGCAUUUGGAUUUGCUCCACACUAAAGGAUUUUCCUGUUUUAAUGCGGAUUUCAUCGUAGAAAUAUUAUUAAAUCCCUAUUUUUGUCAAGCUUCCCUUCAGAAGAUUGCAAAGGUGGAGCGACCGGAGGGAGCAGAUGACGGACCCAUUAAUCCUUUCAAUGCAUGGGAAGACCCAGGAAACGCUGCUAUGUAAACCGGGUGAAGGUUUCGAUCUGGCUUUGGUCUUAUAUGAAACUAAUGAUUAGAUUCCCUGCAUUAGUUACUUUUGUAUCGUCCUUAUUAUUCCUCCUUAUCUUCAAUACUAGCAGUGGUUAUGGUCAGUCCAUGGCGAUCUGUUGCCAAGCCCUGGGGAUCUGGAUUGGAGAUGUGAUCUAGUGUGUGAAUGCAGUGCUUACAUACAUUUAUUUCUAUAUAUGUGAUCAUGGUGAUUACUUGAGCCGUUUAAAGAGAAAGUGUCAAUUGCUGCUGUCUUGGCUUGUAUUUAUUUUUUCUAAUCCAUCCUAUUCCCCCGCACUGGAAGUCCUCCCGUAUCUAAAUGGAAUUAGUGGAGAUCGAAGCCCCUUGUGUAAGGAACAGACAUGGUCCAUGGGCGCAGUUUGUUUCACAUUGUAACAAGUCUAAUUAUUCUGCAUGUGUUUUCGGCAACAAAAAAAGUAGGCGACAAACCAACCACUUCAGAAGGACAGAAAUCAAUGCAGUGUGGAUCUUGGACAAAAAAUUCAGAUGGAGGAAUAUUUACCUCCCCCAAUUACCCCAACAAGUACCCUCCUGACAGGGAGUGUAUUUACAUAAUAGAAGCGGCCCCUCGACAAUGCAUUGAACUCCAUUUUGAUGACAAAUAUGCUAUAGAGUCCUCAUGGGAGUGUAAAUUUGACCAUAUUGAAGUAAGAGAUGGACCCUUUGGCUUUUCUCCAAUUAUUGGGCGCUACUGUGGACAACAAAACCCUCCUUUUAUAAAAUCAAGUGGAAGAUUCUUGUGGAUUAAAUUUUUUGCUGAUGGAGAACUAGAAUCUCUUGGAUUUUCUGCACAAUAUAAUUUUACACCAGAUCCAGAUUUUAAAGACCUUGGAGUUCUUAAACCAUUACCUGUUUGUGAAUUUGAAAUAGGAGGACCAGAAGGAAUAAUAGAAUCUCUGCAAAUCAUUAAAGAAGGAAAGGCUUCUGCAGAUGAGGCAGUUGAUUGCAAAUGGUAUAUUCGGGCACCACCACGGUCAAAGAUAUAUUUGCGAUUUUUGGACUAUGAAAUGCAAAAUUCAAAUGAAUGUAAAAGGAAUUUUGUUGCUGUGUACGAUGGAAGUAGUUCAGUAGAAGAUUUGAAAGCUAAAUUUUGCAGCACUGUUGCUAACGAUGUGAUGCUGCGCACGGGUCUUGGAGUCAUCCGAAUGUGGGCAGAUGAAGGCAGCCGCACAAGCCGUUUCCAGAUGCUCUUUACAUCUUUCCAAGAACCGCCAUGUGAAGCAAAUUCAUUUUUUUGUCAUAGUAAUAUGUGCAUUAAUAAUACAUUGGUUUGCAAUGGAGUUCAGAACUGUGUAUACCCUUGGGAUGAAAACCACUGCAAAGAAAAAAGAAAAUCAAACCUUUUGGACCAGCUUACAAAUACUGGUGGGACAGUUAUUGGUGUUUCCUCUUGCAUUGUUAUAAUCCUCAUAAUUAUAUCAGUAAUCGUACAGAUCAAGCAACCUCGUAAAAAGUUUGUCCAAAGGAAAGCAGACUUUGACCAAACAGUGUUCCAGGAGGUCUUUGAACCACCUCAUUAUGAAUUAUGCACUCUUAGAGGUACUGGAGCUGCAGCUGACAUUGCUGAUGUUGCAGAUGAUUUUGAAAAUUACCAUAAAUUACACAGGUCAUCUUCAAAAUGCAUUCAUGACCAUCACUGUGGAUCACUACUGUCUAGUACUAAGGGAAGCCGGAGUAACCUUAGUACAAGGGAAGCUACCAUAUUAACAGACACACCAAACCAGCCUGUUAAAACCAAUUCACAGCCUAUGAACAGAAGAAACAUCCUUGUAAUGAAGCAUAGUUAUUCACAGGAUGCUGCAGACGCAUGUGAUAUUGAUGAAAUUGAGGAAGUCCCUACCACAAGUCACAGGCUGUCCAGGCAUGAAAAAGCUGUCCAGCGGUUCUGCCUCAUUGGGUCUCUAAACAAACAUGAAACUGAAUACAACACAACUAGAGUAUGAGGAGCAGACUUAAGGAUGAACUAUUUUAAUAUUUUGUUUGCUUUCAGAGAACAACAUUUUUUGCAUCUCUAGAAAAAAUGAGUAUGUUCUUUACAGAAUUAUUACACCCAUCUUCAGAGAGUGGACUCUGUUCUAAACUCAUCCCACUGCCUUGUUACAAAUAUAGGAUUUACAGACAUUCUUACCCUCAACACGAUGUUCCUGCUACUCAAUGACAUUUGUUGUAAUUUGGUUGCUGGCCACCAAGUGCUCCUUAGUUUUUAAAUACAUUUUGAAAUUUACUGGAUACUUGAAGAAGAAUCUAGUUACUGAUUGCAGAUAUCCCAGCAUUAUGUGGUAUUUUAAUUUUGAAGAGCUGAAUUUUUGUUUUGUUUUAUUGAAGAAAACUGAUGUGAAACAAAAAAUAACACUCUUUUCUCUCAAUAAAGGUUCUAAAUU